UCCUCAGAGCAUCAGGCCUCAUCCCUGCACAGAGGGAGGGGAUCCUCCAAACAGCCAGUGUCCUUGUACAGAGGGAGGGGAUCCUCUCAGCAGCUAGCGUCACUGCACAGAGGGAGGAGAUCCUCCGAACAUCAGGCCUUAUCCCUGUACAGAGGGAGGGGAUCCUCCAAACAGCCAGUGUCCCUGUACAGAGGGAGGGGGUUCUCCCAGCAGCUAGCAUCACUGCGCAGAGGGAGGAGAUCCUCCGAGCAUCAGGCCUCAUCCCUGAAGAGAGGGAGGACAUCCUCCUCAUAGACAGUGUCCUUGCACAGAGGGAGGGGUUUCUUCCAAAAACUACUGUCACUGUGCGAAAGGAGAAGAUCCUCAGAGCAUCAGGCCUCAUCCCUGCACAGAGGGAGUUGAUCCUCCUGAAGGUCAUCGUCCCUGCGCACAGGGAGUGGAUCGUCCCAAAGGCUAGUGUCCCUGCAGAGAGGGAGGAGAUCUUCCUCACAACCAGUGCCCCUGUGAAGAAUGGACACAAUCAUCCCCAUGGUGGCACCACUGUGGAAAUGGGAUGGUGGAGCAUGUACUCCACCUGUGGAUUUCUAUUCCAAGAGAAGAGAUGUCCGACUUAGAUAUGUUGAGCAUCCUGCUAUGAUGUCCAUCACCAAGCCGGAACACUCCGAGGCCAACCCUCAGUGCCAGACUGGCAGCCGGCCGGUGGCUGAGCCCGAGACCCCUGCUGUUCACAAUAACAGUGGAGGCUGGCUCAGCUGGGUCUUUGGUAGUGGAAGAGUUAAUAAGAAGGAGGUUCAUCUACCUGAGGACAAAGACAGAUCUAUUGUCCGGGAUCCAACUCUGCACAGAUGGGUUAACAAAACUGAGCCCAAGGCUGAGAACAAGUGUGUACCACCACCUCCACCGAUGGGGACAUAUGGAUAUCAGGGGAACACUGGCAGUGUCCCCGAAGGAGUGAAUCCUUACUCUAUGAAAGCAGCAGGUCUAUGGGGCAGCAGAUACCCUACAAUGCAUUACAAUGAUGGGACCAACUCAAAGCCUCCAAGCCAUGGGCCUGGACUCCUUCCUAGAUAGCUCUCUGGCUUGCUCCCUCCUUCACACUUUGACCUCAUGGCACCAAUGGUUGUGCCACCUGACACUCUACCCUACUGAGGUAUGACUCUACAAAAAAACUUCCAAAUUGUAUCCAUUCAUCAUUAACUGAGAUUUUUCUUUAACAUAGCAAGUGGCUGAAAUAGCAAGGAUGUUAACUAUUUUUUAUUUUUGUUCAAGAGGCCAUUUGCCCAGAGUGGAUUUGCCAUACAUAGAUUUUUUCAGCUUUAAAAAUCUUCAGCAUAAAAAAGUAUUAAAAGAUGAUCUUUUAAUUAAAUCUCUCUUUUGUGUCCUCAUGUUCACAUUAAUUUGAUGUGUUCUAUCAUCAUUUACAAUGCUUAUUGCUUCUGCAUUUCUUUAGACAAGUGUAUAUUAUACACAUAUAUUUUAUUUUAGACAUUACAAAAACAUAUUUUUGUGCAUUUUGGAUUUCCUACAUUUACCUGUACAGACAAGUAUAUUUUAUACAUAUCUAUUUUUUUAACGACAUUUUUGUAUGUAUUCCAUAGACAGAACUACAUAUAUUGGAAUCGAACGUUCGCAGAGAUUGUUUUGACUGGAGUGAUGCUUAGGACUUCAUUAAAAAAUCUAUCACGUUUUAUUUUACCACUACAGUCUGUUCGUCGGACGAAACUGGAGAAAAAUAACUAGUGUCGAAAGUAAACAUCGGCACCUCGAUGGUGUCAACUCUGCUUAUGUCUGCGUAAUGAAAAGGUAGGGGGGAAAUAAAAAAACAUCUGGUCUAGCGAUCGAUGACAAAUUAAAUGGUGCCCGUGUAACAGUUUUACUUCUGUCCCGAACCAGUGACCCUUUGCACACAUAUACAACAGUUACCCAUCGCUCCACAAAAGCCGUGGCCCUUACAGAGUAAGGGGAACAACUACUGCAAGGUCUCAGAGCGAGUGACGUCACCGAUUGAAACGCUAUCAGUGCACUACCCCCCAAACUAGCUAGCCAUUUCACACCGGUUACAUCCAGCAUAACCCCUCAUUCAAUUACGCCAGUGGCAAACAGUGAAAUGUGAGGAGCAGGAACAGCUAUAGCCCUCAAACUCACCUCUGGGUCUCAAAGCCAGUUCCACUGCAUUUCUCCAUUGUUCUCCUGUCAUCGGGGACUGAUCUAGACCUGGGACACCAGGUGGGUGCAAGUCAUUAUCAGUUAGAACAGAAAACCAGCAGGCUCGUAGGGCAGGGGAGCGUUUCCCAAACUUGGUGUGCAUUUUGGUUUUUGUCCUAACACUACACAGCUGAUUCACAUUACCAAAUCUUGAUGAUUAGUUGAUUAUUUGAAUCAGCUUUGUAGGGCUAGGGGAAUAAAAAGAAAAUGUGCAGCCCUUUGGGGUUCAGGUGACUGAGUGUGGGAAGCCUUUGUCAUAGGGUGAAAGUUGAAUACCCCUGGACUGUAGGCUGCACACCUUGGGUCAAAUAUUAGAUUCUGUAGCUGUGUAUUUUAUCAAAACAAUUCUGUUCUACAAUGGUUCCUUUCCUUAGUUCAGGGUAAGUAGUAGCAGGCCUAGAAGAGUCUUAUGCGACGCAAACAUUUGAGUUGUGUUCUUCCUCCUUUUAAUCAAUCAUAAUAAUUUGUCAAAUGCCUUACAGGUUGUUUUGGCUAUUGUUGGCAGCUGUGGGCAUACAAGCACAACAGAAACCUUCUAUAAGUAUGCAUUUUUCACCCUACAAGUUCAAGCACUAAGCGUUUGACAAUAUAUAUUUUUCUGUUUUUUAACUAACCUUUCCCAUUCCAGAUGACCUCAACGCUGAAUGCCUUGGUAACGUUAUUCGUUUGAGUGUCGCUCCU